GACGGAUCCAGAUGGAUGUCCUGCAGGAACACUGAACUCCCGGCGCAAUCAAACUUCUUUCCCAGGUCUGCUUCUCACCCAGCUAUGCAGCUCCAGGAGUGGUUGCGUUCGCUUUCCUCCCAUGCAGAACUCAAAGGGUCUAAAGCUGAGGAGCUGUGGAAUCUCCUGCCGUCCUUAUCCACCUCCUCUCUGCUGGGUUUAGGAGCGGUGGCGUCCCUCACUGUGUACUGGCUGCUGACCCGACCUCGGCCCAUGCGUCCUCCCUGUGAUCUACAAGCCCAGUCUGUUGCUGUCGGCGGAGAUCCCAGCUGUAGGAGAUCUGCUCUCCUUAAAGAUGAUAACCUGCUGGAGUUUUACUACGAAGACAUCAGGACCGUGUACGAGAUGUUCCAGAGAGGUCUGAAGAUCUCAGGAGACCGUCCAUGUCUUGGCUACAGGAAGCCAGGCCAGCCCUACGAGUGGAUCUCCUACUCUCAGGUGGCUCAACAGGCCCAGUGGAUGGGGAGCGGCAUGAUUGCCAAAGGUUGCCAAGAGUUUGUUGGGGUUUACUCCACGAACAGACCAGAGUGGGUCAUUUCAGAGAUGGCCUGUUACACAUACUCCAAAGUUUUGGUGCCUCUGUAUGACACGCUGGGGCUGGAGGCUAUGGUCCACAUCCUCAACCUUGCUGAGAUGUCCAUAGUUGUUUGCGACCGGGAGGAGAGGGCAGCGCUGUUGCUGGAGUGCAAGGAGAAAGGCAUGACUCCCAAGAUCUCCUGCCUGGUUCUGUUUGAAGACUUCAGCCAAGCCUUUGGGGAGAGGGCCAAGAAGUGUGCGGUGGACGUCCUUAACCGGGAGCAGCUCAUGGAGCUGGGAAAACAGAACCUCAAAGAUCCUGUGCUGCCCCAGCCUCAGGAUCUGGCAGUAGUUUGCUUCACCAGUGGAACCACAGGGAAGCCCAAGGGAGCCAUGAUCACCCACGGGAACAUCGCCUCCAAUACUUCCUCUGUCAUUAAGAUCCUGGAGGGUUCCUUUGUAAUCCAGCAAGACGAUGUGUCGAUCUCUUACCUGCCUCUUGCCCACAUGUUUGAGAGGAUGAUCCAGCUCACAAUGUACUGCUAUGGAGCCCGAGUGGGAUUCUUCCAGGGGGACAUUUCUCUUCUAAUGGAUGACAUUAAAACCCUCAAACCGACCCUCUUCCCUGUUGUGCCUCGUAUUCUUACUCGCAUCUACGAUAAGAUCCUGGGCUCUGUGACCUCUCCGUUUCAGCGGGCUCUGCUUCACUACGCCGUCAGGAGAAAGCAGGCCGAGCUCCGCAGAGGGAUUAUACGGAACGACAGUCUGUGGGAUAAACUGGUGUUCAACAGAAUUCAGGCCAGUUUAGGAGGUAACCUCCGGUUUGCCUUGACUGCCUCAGCACCCAUCUCCUCCACCGUUUUGUCCUUCCUCAGAGCCACGAUGGGCUGUAUAAUAUGUGAGGGCUACGGACAGACGGAGUGCACCGGAGGCUGCACUUUCUCUUUGAUAGGCGACAGCAGCACAGGUCAUGUUGGAGCUCCUUUACCGUGCGCCAUGGUAAAGGUGGUGGACAUCCCUGAGAUGAACUACUUUGCUAAGAAUGGAGAAGGAGAGAUCUGUAUCCGUGGCCCCAGUGUAUUCAAAGGUUAUCUGAAGGACCCAGAGAAGACAGCGGAGGCCUUGGACAGUGAUGGCUGGCUGCACACCGGAGAUGUGGGCCAGUGGCUUCCGAACGGCACGCUGCGCAUCAUCGACAGGAAGAAGCACAUCUUUAAGCUGGCCCAGGGUGAGUACAUCGCUCCAGAGAAGAUAGAGAACAUCUACCUGCGUUCGGUUCCUGUGCUCCAGGUUUUUGUGCAUGGAGACAGUUUACAGUCCUAUGUGGUGGGCAUAGUUGUGCCUGAUCGAGAGGUGUUUGUUGAAUGGGCUAAGGAGAGGGGCUUUGAGGGGUCCUACCAGGAGCUGUGCCAGAACCCUGAUGUAAAAAAUGCCAUCCUAGAAGACAUGAGAGCAUUGGGGAAGGAGGCCGGGCUAAAGUCCUUUGAACAGGUGAGGGAUCUUUAUUUACAUCCGGAGACGUUCAGCGUCGCUAACGGCCUUCUCACGCCCACCCUAAAGAGCAGGCGCGCCGACAUCCGCAGAGUGUUUCAAGAGCAGCUGGCGAACAUGUACAAGAGUCCACAUUAGCAGAACAGCUUAGGGUCAGCAGAGGGGGAAGCUGUCAGCGGUACCUGAAGAAUGUUAGUGUUUUAACUCAACUUUGAUCACAUCGUAUUCAGAUGCAUUUCUGGUCAGUCCAUCCAAGCAUCAGAUCAAAAUGCUCCUUCAUGAUCUCACUGUCAUCUCUAAUCCGUCCACAUAGUUCGCCUGAGAUGUUAAUGGGAAGAGGUGUUAUUUGUAGAGAACCGAAUUACAAAAGAUGUCACCUUCGGAAAUAGUUUAUUUAAUUCACAAUGUACUUCUUUUCAGGAGAUUUUUAAGAAGCUAAGUGUACCGGGGACAUUUGCUGAUUAAAGGUGAAUUACCUGUAGGUUUCUGUUGUACAGUUGUUGGGGAAUCAAAUGAGCAUGGCGUACAUUACUAAACAAAUUAC